AUGGACAUCCCAGUUAUUCGACAGUCGCUUGGCCACCUGGGAACAGAGAAGCAUCAGAUGCUGGACCUCAACAAGCGUCUGGAGACCUACCUGGGCAGGGUGAAGUUUCUGGAGGAGGAGAAUGAGCUUCUGAAGGAAGAAAUUCAGCAACUGAGGAGGAUCAGGAACCCUGAGGCAUGGAAGGGAGAGUUGGAGGGUGAACUGAGGAGAGUGAGAGGUGAGGUAGAGGCAGCAUGGAGGGAUAGGGACAGGGUGGACCUGGAGGUAGGAAACCUGGGCGAGGAGCUGCAGGUGCUGGAGCUCCAGAGGCAGAAGGAGGCAGCUGCUCAGGCCAAGGCCCGGAAGAACCUGGCAGAGAGCAAGAAGGAGCUGGAGGAAGAGAGGAGGGCCCAAAUCUGGCUGCGGGAGAAGGUUACACAGCUGGAAAAGGAGCUGCAGCUCCACCUGGAGGUCCACCAGGAGGAUGUCUCACUCCUGUUGGCCAGACUGAGCCAUGCUCAACCUGUCCCAGUGACUCCUGCUCACACUGAUGUCCUCAGCAUUCAGGACCUGGGUCAUGAUUAUUCGCUAAGGGCUGCCCGGGCGUGGCAGGAAGCAGCAGCUGCGUAUGAGAACCAGGUGAGCCACCUUGAGGACUCAGUGGCCCAGGCCAGAGCCAACAUGGCCCAGGUGGCACAAGAGAAAAGGGACGGCUGCUUGAAGGUGCAGGGCCUCACCAAGGACCUGGAGGUGGCACGUGGCAAGAAAGAGGUCUUGGAAAAGGAUAUUGCCAAACAAAGGGAAAAAGAACGCAAGCAUAUUGAGCAACUCCAGGCCCAUCUGGAGUCCCUGGAGGGGGAGAGGAAAUAUUUGGGAGACCAAAUUGCUGACAUUCUGGAGGACAAACGCAACCUGUUACAACUGAAGAUGUCUCUGGGGCUGGAGGUGGCCACUUACAGAGCUUUGUUGGACAGUGAAAGUCUGAGAAGAAACAAGCUAUCCACCAGCUAUCCAUGGGGGUUCUGCACAUUUGAUGGAAGGUCCAGCCCUCAAGGUGUCAAGCAAAGCCUCCAAACAAUGUUAAAUAAUGACCACAUUGCCAGCCCAGUCUCUAUUCUGCUUAGUACAAGGACUCAGACCACAGCAGCAGCUAUGCCCGUGACACCACUCCAAACCCCACAACGAGAUGCCUCUGAAAACGAGCACAAGACCGCUGAUUUUAAAACAGACAAGCAGGUUGGUUGGAAAGUUGAGUCAUCUUGGCUUCCAGGUUUGUCAACUACACACCCUAAAGGACAGUUGAAUGGAAAAGGUUCAACUGAACAUUUUAGGGCAAAGGAGGUCAAGGAGGAGGUCAGUCAUGCUGUAGUGCUCUCAGAACCCAGAUCACAAGAAUUAUGUGGUGUUAUCACACAAAUGGAUGAAUCUAGUAUUGAUCAGUCUACUGUGGGAAACUCAGAAGUUAGCACAGAGGACAAAGGGGAGGAUUUGGCCACUACCAAGCUGGACAAACACAUAGAUGAAAAUGACACAGAGCCCACUGUGGAGCAAGAGACCGCCACUUCUGAAGUGGUUGAGUUCAGCAAGAAUGAGCCGUCAGUAUUUUCUGCAAAGACCGAAGAUGUCACCAGCCCAACACAGGUGACACUGGAUAUCUCAGUGGCAGCUAAUUCAUCCAAUCUGAAGACAGCAGAAGACCCACGUGGCUUUUCAGAAGAAGUGGUGAGAGACAGGGGGGAGAUUGAAUCAGUGGAAGAUAAAAUCUCAGAAGUAGAAUCAGGAUCAGGUUCAGAAUCCAAUAUUGAUGAAAUGGAUUGUGCCUUAGAAUGUGGAACUGCAACAAGUGAGUUUAGUAACCUUGUUGAUUCCAACCAAGAUGAGCACGUUGCAGCUAAAUCUGAGUCAGCUGUGCCAUUAGAAGCCACCAAAGAGGUUUUGAGUCAUGAGAACGAAAUAAAUGAAGGACAAGGUGAUGACAAAGUGAGUACUAUAGAAGAUAAGAAUGAAGAUGAGUUACCUAAUGAACAUGAACCUGAAAGGAUGCUGGAAGAUGAGGUUGUGCCAGAACAGGACACAUGGGAUGAAAAAAAUGAAUGUACAAUAAAGAAUGAGUGCACGGAAGAAGUAGGGGAACAGGCUCAUGAUAAUGAAAUUGAAGAGACAGAGACAGAAGAGGGAAUGGGUGAAGAGAUGACUGCAACAGAAGAGAAUCAAAGCGAUUUAGAAAGUGAGAAGGAGAUCUUGUCUGCUAAUGAGGAUCCCAUUGUACAGUCUGAAAUGGACAGAAACCCAGGAGAUGUGGAAGGAGAGCAGACUUGUUCAGAUGGAGAGCAGUUGGAGCUAUCUGAUGAGGAUGGAGAGGGCUCUCAAGAUGCUUCUCAGUCGUGGAGAACUGAAGAGGGGGAGCUGGAGAGCAUUGACAGCUACACCCUUGACCACACUCUAGCUGACACCCGUCCCCUGAUCCGAUACAAGAGUGAUGAGGCUGACGCGAACACUCAGGCGUCCCACUUAGAAGCCAGUUGCUCCAGCGAGGAUGAGGACAAUGAUGACAGAGUGGCAAGAGGUGGAUUUUGGGGGGAGGAUAAAAUGGGGGACAUCAUUUCCAAAAGUGCCAAAGUCAUGGAGGAUCCAGACAAAGAGUAUGAAGAGGAGGGAGUUAAUGAGGAUGGUUUCGAAGAACGGGGUGGAUCACGGGUGGAUGUGGGAGAGGAGAUUGUUCUCACGAACAAAGAUGAUGAGCAUCGGCAGAUUGAGGGAGAAGACUCGGUUCCUUUGGGUAUUGAAGACACAAACAUGGCAGGUUUCACUGGCUUCAGGACAGACUCAGUGGAUACGAAGGAUGAAUGGAAUAAAGAGAAACAGAACAAUCUGCAGCAGGAGAUGGAUUUACUAUCACUCGAUUCCAACGAUGGCUUGAAAGCUGAGACUGUAGACAGUGAGGCAGCACCAGGACUUCAGGCUAAGUGUUGUGAAAGUGAAGGAAAGGAAAUAGAGACCACUCAGGCCUGUCCUGUCAAUAUCAACAGGGAUGUAAGCUCACAGAGUCAGUCUGAUGAUGAAAAGCAAGCCGAGGUGUGGUCACAUCCUGAGAACCUUGCUGCAACAUCUUCAUCUCCUUCAAGUAUAGUAGCUGAAUCAAUGUCAAACACUGAUCAAUCAGCCUCUGUUGGAACUGUAGAAAUAUCACCAACACAAAAUGUGACAGAUGAGGGCUCAACAAUGACAGUUCACACUGAGGAAACAGAAGUUCUUGCUGACAAGAAGGAAGAGGAAGGACAGAAUCUGUCCAUGCUAACUAAUGUGGAUUUCACAGAUGAGUUCUCCCUGCACAGUGAACUCAGUAGCACCAUGGGGAGUCUGGCUAAUGCUGUCAACUCUGACUUAGAUGAUUCAUCCAGUUCUGAAGGUGACUCACCCAAUGCCAGUCAAUUCUCACAGUCCAUCAAACAGGAUACAAACCAGGAUGACUUUGCAGCUGGAAUCACCAGUGGGGCUGUGGGCAGAAUUAGCACAGAGUUUGAGGAAGAGUCGGGGGAUGCUGGCCAGCCCUCUGGAGAUUCUCCUAGCAUUGCAGUGGAAGAGGUCAAUGUCAUCAAGAUACAGGAAACCAAGGCAGUGCCCCAAGCCAAUGGAAAAUGUAGUGACCUUCACAACUUACUGAGCUCAACUUUAAAUGAACAUACCUGGAACUCAAACAAUAAGACAGGAGCUGUCAGUGAUCCAAGCGAGUGUGAGCAGUAUGACAAUGUGAGCACACACGAUAAUCAGAAUAUGACAUUUGGAGUUGCAUGGGGAGAACCAGACAAACUGCUGGGGGCAAAUAAAAACACUGAAGGUGCCAUAGAGGCGACCCAAGGCCAUUCUCUGGAAAAGCAUCCUCAGAUUCCUGUGCAGGUCAAACAGCUCUUAUGUGGAAAGAUGGAGGAAGAUGAUGAUGGCCGAUCUGAGGAUUCACUGGAGGAAGGAGAUUCCUGGUCUUCUGGGGAAGAGUAG